AUCUGCUACAGGAAAUCAGUAAAAACAAACAAAGGAGUUAUCCAUUGAAGAAAAAGAAACAAACAUAGAACCUAAACACAAACUAAUAUUAGAAUUAAGGAAACAAACCACAAUUUUCAUCUAUCUGCCUGCUCUAUUCACUUCCUUCUUCAUUUUCUUCUGCACCCAAAAAUAAAAAUCUCCCCUUUUCAACCCAAUUUUCUCUAUAAACCCUAGAUUCACCGAACCCACCGACAAAGAAGGAACCCAGCGACUCAAAACACACUUUUCCUGCUCCGAGGUUGUUGCUUGGGGCAUGACCAUGUGUUUCCUUCGAGGAAAUUGAUUAUUUUGCAGAACAUCGGGUCUAGUUUCGUUUGUGGGAUCAACGUGAAGGUGGGAAAGUAACGAGUUUUGGGGUUGAAUCGUGGUGGGUGUGUCGAGUAUGCAUAGAUCUGGAGCUACGAUGGCUUGGAACGUGUUCAAGUUCUGCACUGCUCUGCGAGGGUUGGGCUCGAUCAUGAUUCUGUUGGUUCUUGGGGUCGUUGGUGUGACUUAUUAUGCUGUUGUUUUGACCAAUUAUGGCCCUGCUUUGUCUGCUGGAGGACUUGAUUUUCUUGUUGCCUUGCUAGUGUUGAUCUUGUUUCAUUGUUUGUUGGUUAUGCUGUUGUGGAGUUACUUCUCUGUUGUUUUUACUGAUCCUGGGAGCGUUCCUCCUAACUGGAGGCCUACAAUUGAUGAGGAAAGAGGAGAGGCUGAUCCAUUGGUUGGGACGGAGUUUAGUAACGUGCAGGCUGAUCCCAAUCAACGGAUUCGGUACUGUCGGAAGUGCAAUCAGCUCAAGCCACCUCGAUGCCACCAUUGUUCAGUUUGUGGGCGCUGUGUUUUGAAGAUGGACCACCAUUGUGUGUGGGUAGUCAACUGUGUUGGGGCUCUAAAUUACAAGUAUUUCCUUCUCUUCUUGUUCUACACUUUUCUUGAGACGACUCUAGUGACUGCAUCCUUACUGCCACAUUUUAUAGCAUUCUUUAGUGAUGGAGAAAUUCCUGGAACACCUGGCUCUCUUGCUACAACUUUUCUUGCUUUUGUUUUAAACCUGGCCUUUGCACUAAGUGUCUUGGGAUUUCUCAUCAUGCACAUAUCUUUGGUGGCUGGUAAUACUACCACUAUUGAGGCUUAUGAGAAGAAAAGUACUCCAAAAUGGCGUUAUGACCUUGGUCGUCGAAAAAAUUUUGAGCAGGUUUUUGGAAUGGACAAGAAGUACUGGUUCAUUCCUUCAUAUACAGAUGAGGAUAUCCGAAAGAUGCCAGCUCUACAAGACAUGGAGAGACUCCACAACCCUCUACUUCCACUUUCUAACACAAUGUAGCGUGAAGCAAUGGGGGCCAAGGUGGUGUGAUGCUGGUUUCUGGGGCCAAUGUGUUUAUGUUCCCUCAAUGAUAGGAACUGUUUUCCCAAGCAAUGCAAUAUUCUUCUUACAUGUCCUUUGUAUUCUGGUUGAGUGAAAUAACAAUCUCUUUUUGUGCUGGAAUUUACUCUUUA